AUUUAACCAUGCAAGACUGUUGUUGUUAUUGUAAUUUUGCGUCACGCUUCCUUAGCUACGAAUUCAGUUUCAAUCAACAACAGUCCGAAGCGAAGCGAUUUUGAUGUAAAGUAGAUUUCUGAAUGAUUUUCAGGAGAGAGAGAGAGGUUUAUUAAAAAAAAAAAAAAAAAAAAAACUGUUAGAAUAUACAAUAUUUUUCACGAUGAAUACUCCAACGGCAAACAAUGCUUUUUCUCUUGAUAAUACACUUAAAACUAACGAUGUGGAGCAAGAGAAGAAGAACUCGUGGAUUGACGCGAACUCCGUGGAAAUACCGAAUGUCCUGCAUCCCGACGACUCGUUGAUGAAAAAAUUUCAAGAUGCUCUGCGAGAUCAUCUCAUUCGCAUUGACAACAAAUUGAACAGUGAAAUAUUAGAUCUUGAAAUUAGAAUAAAAUCUGCUAGUAAAGAUCGCGAGGAAACAUGCCUGCAACUGUAUUACGCUCAGCAAGAUGUGGCCCAGCAGAAAACCGCGAUAGAGAAAUAUCAGAGUAUGAUAGCGAAUGUGAUUUUGCUGCGCGAGGAGAAAGACUCGCACGUGAAGAAAGCCAAAGAGAUUCAUAAGACUGCUCAUGCCAAAUUAAUUGACGAAAAGAAGAAGGAGGAAGAUCUCAGACACGAGCUGGAACAGCUCACAGCUCUGCAGGCGCAAUUCGCGGAGCUGCAGAAGGAACUCGAGAGUCACAUAACUGUUUCCAAACGAAUGUCGCAGAAGGACAGGGCGAUACAGCGAGAUCUGAUCGCUCGGAAGGAGCAGAAGGACUUUGUCAUAUUCAAACUCAUGGAGGAAGUUUGGGAGAUCAAGACCGAGAUAGCCAAGUUGGACGUGCAGCUGCAGCUGAAAAAUAAAGAGAAAAUUGAAAUAGGCCAGACGAUCGCGGAUGUAAACGCCGAUCUGGAGGCGUUGCACAAGCAGCACAAAAAUCUGUGCACUGCCUGGAAUUCCGUUGUGCUGAACAUAACUAAGCGCAAUAACGUUUACGAGCAAUUAAAUACAGAGCGUGAAAAAAUAUGCGAAUCUUUCAACACGUUGCACACGGAAAUAGAGAAAGUAAAGAAAGAGACCGACAAGGAAACGGAAAAUAACGAGCACCUGACUUCGUUGCACAUGCGAAUACAGGACAACAUACAGACUAGUGCGAAAUUGUUGGAGGUGGAAAACGACAAACUUGCUCAUUUGCAGUCCGAAUUAGUCAAGCUGUCGAAAUUUAGCGAACAGGAGCAACGUGAAUUUGAUGUGGUCCAAGACGAAUGGCAAAAUCUGUUGAACGAAGAGGACGAGGUCGAUAGAGAAGUGGCAAAACUUCUGAACAAGCAGAACGAGUUGGAGAACACGAUAUACAGCAAACUGGAAGAAAAGGUCACACACGACAAAACGGCUCGGUAUCUGAAUAAAUUGUUAUCGAAUUCUAAAGAGAGGAUACAAGAACAAGAACUGGCGUUGGUGGAAACGGAGAACUCCUAUGGCAAACAGUUACUGGAAUUGGAACAAUUGAAGACGUACGUUUCUCACGAGAGGACGGAAUUGGACGAACUUGUGCAAAGUAACGUUGCGAAAGAAAAGGAAAUAGAUGAAAUUCAGAGAGAAAUUAGAACUCACGAUACCUUGAUCGACAGGAUGCAAGACAAACUCGUUAGAUUGAAUAAGAACAUCGAAGAGAUAUUAUCGCAAAGAGGCGGCGAGGACGUCAGUCCUCUCGACAUGAAAAUAAAAUCCUUGGAAAAGACCAUAGAAGAGACUCAGCAAAGCAAUCAGAAAGCGCAGCAACUCUGGCUUCGCCAAGAGGGCCACAUGAUUACACUGAGCCAGCAAAGGGACUUGCAACUGCAGGAACUCAAUCUUCUCAAUAAGGAAAUUUUGAUCAUGGAGCAAAAGAACUUGAAAUUGGAGCACGCGUUGGAAGUGCUCGAUAAGGAAGAGUCGAAUAUGGAGAGAGUGUUAAAUCUACUGCAACAGAAAUUGGUGCAGACAAACGCGCAACUGGUCGUGCAAAAGGAAAUGAAGCAAGAGCUUGAAGGCAAAACUUCUAUCACAAAAACCGAAGGGAUGAAAUCCCUGGAAGAUGCUGAAUUGAAUUUGAUAAAGAUGCAAAAUGAUUUGAGGCAAUCUCACGAGGAAAAGGCACUUUUGAAGAACAAGCUGGAUGCGACGCAACAGGAAAGUUUGUCCUGGGAAAAGAAGUUGCAACUGAUGCAAGAAACAGUGAAGAAGGUGAAGGACGAGCGCAGCAGCGGAGAUAUCGCGAUGAUGAAAAACGAAAUUCACAAAAUGGAAAUGCGCCUGUCGCAUUUGCGCAGAGUGCAGGAAAAGUUGAUCCACGAUAUGGAGUUUUGCGUGACGCGACGGGAAAUGAUAGUGGACAGAGUUACGAGCAAACUUAAAAGAGAUCCGAAGUGUCAACACAAUCAGAAAGUUAUAUUCUGCAAACGUCUCGCCGAUCAAAGACUGAAAAUUAGACAGAUCAUAAAGGAGACGAAGAAAAUUGAGUACAGAUUACCGGAGCUAGAAAGACAAGUAAAAGAUGCAUUAGAAAAAUAUGACGAGUUACGGGCAACGUUAAAAACGAUAGAGGACGAUAUGCCAAACGUGGAUCAGGAAAUUGCGCAAACAGAAACUAUCAAGUAUCACAAUUUGCAAGCAUUGGUUUUCAAGCAACGAAAGGUCAAAAUGCUUCAAGAUAUCAAAAACGGUCGGUACAGGAUGCUCUUCAAAAGCGAAACUUCGCUGAACGAGGAGUUUCAAAACGAGCAGAUUCUUCGUGAUUAUUUGAAAUACGUAAUGGAACGGACAAGUCAAGAUUUUCCUUUAUUGAAGAAUAACAUUCAAAAAAUACUAUUGACAUUAGAAACGCUAUAAAAAUUCCUAACGGAUAUUAAAAAUAAAUCAAUUUAUAUAUGUAAUAACAAUAACUGGAAGUGUAUAAUAAAUGUAUGUAAUACGCU